ACACGAGCACACGGUUAGCACGGCCACGAGCCUCGUGACGCGGAUGUGAUGCGCGUGAUCUGGAGGUGCCACCUCGUGAACGCGCAAGAGCAGCAAUGGCCGCUUUGGAUCGGCGAAAUCCUAAUCUCGACGAAUUUAUCGGAUUAAACUGGAGUUGUUGGGUAGACAGGGUGAAUAUUUUGCCGUCUGAUGCUGUAGACACUAGCAAGUAUGGAAGAAACUGCUCUGAAACUAUGACCCUCAGGAAAGAAGAUAUGCACAUAUAUGGCCACUGCCCAGCACAUGAUGAGAUCUACCUGGUGGUGUGCAACCACUGUGGGCAAAUUGUGAAGCCUCAAGCGUUUGAGAAGCACUGUGAGUUGCGGCAUGGUCCUCUCACAAAGAUAUGUGGCCAGUCAUCAUCCUUUGCCCCGCAGCAGCGACCUCGCCCUGGCCGCCCUCUUUCAAAUCUCUCCUCCUCUAGAGAGAGGCAGAAGGACAGCAGACGUCAUGAUGCCGGCGCCCCCUCCUCAGCUGCAUUACCUGUCCGUCAGCACAGGUCUGCCAAGGCCCAGAAGGAGGCAGUGAGUGCUCCUUCAGUGGAGAAAUUCCCUGACAAGAACCUGCCCCUUCCCCACCACACCUCCUCCACACCUCAGCCCAGGGUUCCUUCAUGGCUCUCAGAACCCCUGCCCCCUGGCCACUGUUCUUCCUCUGCUUCUUCGUCGGAGAGACCCUCUGCGCAGAAGCUCACAGCUGGGAGGUCCAGUGAUUCUCACAGUGUUCUGCGGGGAGUGAGAACAUACAGCCGGAUCUACAAAAACGUAGACAAGAAAGAAUGUGACCUAAACAAACACUGCAGAAUUCUGGAUCCAGAAGGGAAGAAGCUGUGCAACCAGGAGCGUAUAUGCAAUACUGAACCCAUCCAGCAGCAGAAAUUGAUGGGGAAGACAAAGAUCUUUGAUCGGUUGGCAGUGGAGCAGAGAACAGCCCCAGCAAGUCAAGAUAUGGAGCAGCUUCUUGUCAAAUCAAAAGACAAAGAGCAACGCUGGGAAGCUUUUGAAGAGAAAUCAACAGCUCAGAGCAAUAAAUACAACUUCAACAGCAACUGCCCCAUUCAAAGCAGACCCAGGGAUCCCUCAGAAAGCUUUCAAGAGGAGGAAAGCAACAGCACUGUGGAAGUGGAGGUACAGCCCCCCUAUCCCUUCAACCAGAGCCUGUUGUCAAGCGAUGAGAGUGAAGAUGAUGAACAGGAGGGAUUCACAGACCUGCCUGCCGCGCCCUGGCACCCCAAACCUCUUGGUCUAUGCACUUUCGGAUGCCGCUCACUGGGUUGCAGCAUCUUUACCUUCGACCGCCGUUGGCAUCACUUGCAGUUUGCCCUCAGUGCCAUGCUGGAGCACCAUGUCAGCACGCACUUGUGGAAGAAAAUGCCUCAAGUGUCAUCAGGUCUCAGGUCAUGUUAUGCACCACCUCCAACUGCAGGAUCACCCAUCAGGAGUGGAGUCAGACACUCCAAGCCCAGUGGCUACCUCAACCUUGAGUCUACCUCGCUGGAACAACAGGAAACCAAAAGUAGUCGGCACAAUGCCCACAGUACCAAACCGCCUUUUUCCACUACCUCUUCGAGUCAGCGGCAUAACCCUCUUGGGCGACCCAGCAAGGCUCGGCGGAUGGAGGUGGAGCUUAUGCAAGAUGUAAGCUCGGAGAAAGCUGUCAAGCCGUCAGACAGCGGUGAGGACAAAUCCCCCAGAUACAUCAGGGACCCCCCCCUCCAUGAGAAGGGCCAGCCACACGUUCUCUCCUCUCCAGCACCAGUAAAUGGUACAUUCUCACUCAGAAAGAAACCAUGUCCUCCUCUCCAGCGCUCUCCCCGCAGCAGAGAGGUGCCCCUGGGGAUUCAGCAGAAGGUGGUGGGCUAUGACCACAGGGGUCUUGCCCAAAAGCGCAGAGGCAGCAUUGAGUCGCCACCCUUUGGCUCCUCACUAUCCAAAAACAUUAAGUCUCAGUGCUUGUCCUCCCCUUCCCGUUCCAGCCUUCUCGCCUGGCAGGGAGAGAAUAUCGGGGAGGUCCUCAGGUCUGGAUCCUAAAGAGUGACAGUUGCUGUUUACUUCUCAUCUUUGCAGCCAAUAAAAGAUGCCAGCCUUAAAAACACCACUUGGAGAAAAGGCCUGCUGCAGACUGCAGCUGCUGCCACCAUUUUGUGUGUGUGUGUGUGAAUGUGUACAUGUCAACAUCUGUUUGUGUCUUCACAUUUUUAUGCACAGAUUUCAGGAAUAAAUAUUUGUCUCCAUAAUACUGUAUGCAUGUAUUUUUACAAGUUGUCUAUUUUUAUGUUAUUAAAUGUCUCAGUUUACCACCAGUGUAACAUAAAAAUAUUAUUAUCAUGCUGCUAACUUGAAAAGUCAUUUCAUGACAAAAGAAUUAAAAUUUUUUAAAUCUUU